AUGGAGUUUGUCGCUCGGUACUUGCUGCACAUGCAACGAAACAACUAUAUUGCAAUCCUAUACGACAAUCACGACGUCAGUCAGCACAAGGCCAGUAUUCUACAACGUCUGCUUCUCCAACAAGAACAGGGGAUGGAUCAUGUUCAGACAUUUGCCUACGAACAACAAGCGGACGAAUUGCCAGACUGGAAACUAUCUCACGUCCUGGAACAAGUCAAACAGUCUGGCUACCAAAGCAUUGUAUGGCUUCCGGGCCCGGAAAACCACAGCGGUGUCAUUACCGAACUGGGAAAAUCCACGAGAGAGUUGGAACUGGACCAGGGAAACCACUUUUGGAUCAUUCCCAGCACCAGUUGCAGUCCUGGUGAUGACACAGAGCUGAUCUGGAAAGAUCAUGCCCUGCAUCUCAAACCUCGCUUUCUAAAGGGCGCAGCCUACAUCUCACCCUCGGAUCAUGUGGGUAGUGGCUAUUCCAACGAUGACAGCGAGGCUCCUUUGGAUUCUUUUCGAGCCUUCUUGGUACAGCACGAUGCAGACUUUCUUCACAAAGUGAGAGAAUGGAACCCCAUCUCCAACUAUCACCAACCAGAACUGGAUCAUCUGGCGGACACCUCCCGAAUGCCAUUACAUAGCUUGGCCAUUCAGCUCAAAAGCUCCAUGCCUGGAGUGGCAUUCAUGUAUGACGCCAUCAUGGCCAUUGGCAUUGGGCUGCCAACAUGGCGCAACCAGAACGAGGCGGCAUGA